AUGGCUGAAAAUCCCCAACGUCGCCCUUUCAAGGGAUCCUGCCACUGCGGUGCCACUCGCUAUGUCGCCUUCCUGACCUUUCCCCACAACCCGCCCCAGACUCGCAAACACGGGGAGCAGUCGUUCUACCGGUGCAACUGCAGCAUUUGCCACAAGUCAGGAUUCCUCCAUGCUCGCCUGAACUCCUCCCCGGAUGACUUCCUCCUGCUCUCCCCUUUGGAUCCCUUCCAGGACAUGGGAGACUACCAAUGCGAUGAGAAGCUCCUCCAUUUCUUCUACUGCCGCGUGUGCGCCACACGAUGCUUCAUCUUCAUGGGCGAGGGCGAGCUCAUAGAUGUCGACUUGGCCGAGCUCGGGCUUGGAGAGACGGGCAUUGUGAAAGCAUGGCGACCGAAGAAAGACGGUUGGCAGGAGGGUAAAUUGAAACAUGGAUGUUACCUGAGCGUCAAUGCAACUUCUCUGGAACCCGGGCAGGAAGGAUUCGACCUGAGAGAUUGGACAGAGAAAAAAUGGACUGCAUAUCUAGAUGUCCUGAGGGCCGGCAAACCUGGUGCGGGUCUUCCUAAUUAUGAGCGACCUCAUCCGGGAGGUUCGUACUAG